AUGCUGCAAUCACCGGCCAAUCCACUUUGUGCUAAUAUUCUUCGUUUACUAUUAGGCAUUCCAAUGCCGUUAACAUACAAACCUGCAACGUCACCGUUGACUCACCCCAAUUUAACUGAUGAACAACGAGUGGUAAUUCAACAUCUGAAGGGCAAUUGUCCUAUAUUAUUCCAACAGGCUCCUGCAGGGACAGGUAAAACCUUUGUCAUUGCUGCUUUUAUUCAGGAAUAUAUGCAGAACUCACCGAAUGAGAUCGUUUUUCUAGCAGCCACUACCAAUAUGGCUGUCAGUAAUAUGGCACAAGCCGUGCUUAAAUUAAUGCCUCAGUUGUCGCCCAACGAACUAUUAUAUUUACAAUCUCUCACUAAUGAACGCUUGGUUAAUGCAGACGACUAUCUUUGGAAUCAACACCGUCUCCCAGAACUUAUGACUCGACUAAUACCACUGGACCACUUUCAUCCUGACGAGUUGAAUUUUGCCCGCGACUAUACGGGGAAUCGCCUCCCUCAUGACGGUAAAGGCUGCCAUGAAACUAAAGCGCUAUAUUUAGCACUCAAAACCAAUACGGUUCGAAUUAUUUUAGGUACUGUUGCCAUGCUAGAACAAUACCUUCCAGUACUUAAGAAUUACAUUCAGCGCUGCAUAUUUGAUGAAGCUGGUCUUAUACCAGAAGCGCAACUAUUAACCAUUCUUGCUGGACUUCCAGAAAUUUGCCAAGUAUUUCUGACCGGUGAUCUUCAACAGCUGCCCGCAUAUAGUGAAAAUGAUGUAUGUCGGUGGAUAUGCAAUUGA